UACAACACUACUAUUCACCAGCGUGUGGGGUAAACUCGUGUUCGCGUUUUACAAAUAAUAAUUUAAUAAAUAUAAUAAACAAUAAGACUAUUUUGUGAAUUAAAAUAAGGCAGAACACAUCACAAUGGCCGAUGUGGACGAUUUGUUCAAUUGUUUUAAUGAACAGGAUGAAACCAAUGCAAUAGAACCACCAAUUCCUGUUGUUGAAGGAAAGGACGGCGAACAUGAAUCCAACCCAAAAACUACUGAGAAGCGGCAUCUCGCCGCAUCUGAAGAUGCGGAUAAUGAUGAAAGUAACAAACGUGCUAAAAUGACCGAGUCUAUAUUGGAUGACAUCUGUGUAGAUGCCUUGCAAUCCAGAAUUGCCGUACAUGUGAUUAAAUCCCCAGAAUCUUGUACACAUGAAGUUGCAGUAUAUCCCGGCCAGGACUAUAUUCCCUUGCAGCCGUACACUGGUACGCCAGCUAAGGAAUAUCCAUUCGUCUUGGAUCCCUUUCAGAAGGAGGCUAUUCUUUGUAUUGAUAACCAACAAAGUGUGUUGGUUUCAGCCCAUACAUCUGCCGGUAAAACUGUUGUAGCUGAGUACGCUAUCGCAAAGUCACUGAACUGCAAACAACGUGUAAUCUAUACAACACCUAUUAAAGCUUUGUCCAAUCAGAAGUACCGAGAAUUUAGUGAAGAAUUUAAAGAUGUGGGCUUGGUUACGGGAGAUGUUACGAUAAAUCCCUCAGCUUCAUGUUUAAUUAUGACAACUGAAAUUUUGCGUAACAUGUUGUAUCGAGGUAGCGAAAUUAUGCGUGAAGUCGGCUGGGUUGUUUUCGAUGAAAUCCAUUAUAUGCGUGAUAAGGAACGUGGUGUUGUAUGGGAAGAAACAUUGAUAUUGCUUCCUGAUAACGUUCGUUAUGUAUUCCUUUCCGCUACCAUUCCUAAUGCCCGACAAUUUGCCGAGUGGGUGUGCCAUUUGCACAAACAGCCAUGUCACGUCGUCUACACUGAUUAUCGUCCAACGCCAUUGCAGCACUAUAUUUUCCCUGCAGGUGGAGAUGGUAUACAUCUUAUUGUUGAUGAAAAGGGACAAUUCAAAGAAGACAACUUUAAAACGGCCAUGGCAGUUCUACAAAAUGCUGGUGAAGCUGCCAAAGGUGACCAAAAAGGACGCAAAGGCGGAAUUAAAGGUGUUAACUCUGGCCAAUCAAACAUCUUUAAAAUUGUAAAAAUGAUAAUGGAGCGCAAUUUUGCACCCGUAAUCAUAUUCUCAUUCAGUAAAAAGGAUUGCGAAGUUUAUGCCAUGCAAAUGGCUAAAUUAGAUUUUAAUACAGCCGAGGAGAAGAAGCUCGUCGAUGAAGUCUUUAAUAAUGCCCUAGACGUACUUUCAGAGGAGGAUCGUCAAUUACCUCAAGUUGAAAAUGUUCUACCCCUACUGCGACGUGGCAUUGGCAUACAUCAUGGUGGUCUAUUGCCUAUUUUGAAAGAAAUUAUAGAAAUUCUCUUUGGCGAAGGUCUACUUAAAGCAUUAUUUGCUACAGAAACUUUUGCUAUGGGUCUUAACAUGCCUGCUAGAACAGUACUUUUUACAGCACCUAGAAAGUUCGAUGGCAAAGAUUUUCGUUGGAUUUCUUCGGGUGAAUAUAUCCAAAUGGCAGGUCGUGCUGGUCGUCGUGGUUUGGAUGACAAAGGUAUCGUAAUUUUAAUGAUUGACGAAAAAGUAUCUCCAGCUGUUGGUAGAGGAAUUGUUCAAGGCAAAGCAGAUCCCAUAAAUUCCGCUUUCCAUUUAACCUAUAAUAUGGUUCUAAAUCUUCUGAGAGUAGAUGAAAUUAAUCCAGAAUAUAUGUUGGAGCGGUCAUUCUUUCAGUUCCAAAACCAAUCUUCUAUUCCAGACCUAUAUCGAGAGGUACAAGAAAAACAAAAGGAUUUGGAAAAGUUUAAAAUAAACGAAGAACAUAGUGUAGCGUCCUAUCAUCAUAUACGUGAUCAACUGGAUUCCUUGGGUAAACAGUUUCGCACAUGGAUAACAAAGCCUGAGUAUCUGGUGCCAUAUCUUCAGCCAGGACGUCUAGUAAAAGUGAAAAAUGAUACCGAAGAGUAUGACUGGGGCAUAGUUGUUAAUUUUAAAAAACAAACAAGUAAAACAAAGAACCCCUUACAAGCCGAAACAUCUGUAAUUGUAGAUGUCCUGCUACACGUAUCAGAGGAGUCUUCUAAAAACGAUGAUCCAAAACCCUGUAAACCGGGUCAAAAAGGCAACAUGGAAGUGGUGCCAGUUGUCCACAAACUAAUAUCACAAAUAUCUUCAUUAAGAGUCUACUAUCCCAAUGAUUUGAGGCCGGCAGAUAACCGCCGUUCUGUACUAAAGACAAUAAAAGAAGUCAAAAACCGUUUUCCCAAAGGACCGCCGCUGCUAAAUCCAAUAACAGAAAUGAACAUAAAAGAUCCUGAGUUUAAAAACAUCGUCGACUCCAUUGCGAAAUUUGAGGAAAGAUUGUUUGCCCAUCCUCUACAUAAUUCUCCCGAAUUAGAUCGUAUAUAUGCACUGUAUACUCAAAAACUAAAAGUUAUGGAAGAAUUAAAAACUGCCAAAGCCAAGCUUAAAGAAGCUCGCAGCCUUUUGCAGAUGGACGAACUGAAACAUCGUAAACGUAUUCUCCGCAGAAUGGAAUAUUGUACAGCACAAGAUGUUAUUGAAUUCAAGGGUCGAGUGGCCUGUGAGCUUAGUUCAGCUGAUGAACUGCUAAUGACUGAAAUGAUUUUCAAUGGCGUCUUUAAUGAUUUGACGACAGCACAAGCAGUUUCUCUGCUAUCCUGUUUUGUGUGUGAUGAAAAAUCAUCUGAAAAUCCAACUUCAGCUGAGGAGCUGUCGGGACCCUUACGUUCUAUGCAAGAGUUGGCUCGACGUAUAGCUAAAAUUUCCAAUGAAUGUAAAUUAGAAUUGGACGAGGAAUCUUAUGUGGAUAAAUUUAAGCCUUUCCUCAUGGAUGUUGUACUUGCCUGGUGUAAGGGUACCUCGUUUUUAAAUGUUUGUAAAAUGACAGAUAUUUUUGAGGGAUCUAUAAUUCGCUGCAUGCGUCGCUUGGAGGAGCUUUUGCGUCAAAUGUGUCAGGCAGCUAAAACGAUAGGUAAUACAGACUUGGAGAACAAAUUUUCCGAGGGCAUACGUUUACUGAAGCGUGAUAUUGUGUUUGCUGCCUCAUUAUAUUUAUAAGUAUGAUGUAUGUAAAAUUCUACUUUUUAUUUGACUCUGAAGCUCUUUUUAUUUUUCCUAUGUUAUAAUAAAACAAUUUAAUGUAAGUUUUACAAAGUGUGGUGUUUUUUAAAUAAAACAACAUGUUAGUCGAACUAUAUCAACAAAAGGUUUACUUUAGCAAGAAGUAUAAUUUUGUUUUUAACACAAGAAUAGUUUUUUUUUACAUUUUAUUUAUAUUCUAAGAAGUGAAUAAAACAUAAGCUCUUGUAAAUUAUAAGUUCA